UACCGGCUAUUCUGGCGGGUUUGAGCCUGCCUUCAGGAGCACGCGCAGCCGUGGCUGUGACGCAAACGUUACAGAGGCGUGACGCGACCGCGGCAGCUCCUGAGGCACUGGGGCUUCCUCUGUGGCGCUAGGAGCUGUCCGUUUCCUGGGCUGUGUCCAUAGGCCCGGGCCACUCCUUAAAUUCAACACCGCUUCCCGGUGCCAGCCGCGUCUGCCAUGGACGACUAUGCUGUUUUAUCCGACACUGAGCUCGCCGCCGUGCUACGCCAGUACAACAUCCCUCAUGGGCCUAUCGUGGGGUCCACUCGCAAGCUCUACGAAAAGAAAAUCUUCGAGUACGAGACCCAGCGACGAAGGUUGUCGCCCCCCAACUCGUCAUCCUCUUCAUUCUCUUACAGGUUCUCAGACUUGGAUUCAGCCUCCGUGGACUCAGAUAUGUACGAUCUACCUAAAAAAGAGGAUGCCUUACUUUACCAGAGCAAGGACUAUAACGACGACUACUAUGAGGAGAGUUACUUAACCACCAAGACAUAUGGGGAGCCCGAGUCUGUGGGUAUGUCCAAGAGCUUCCGUCAGCCGGGGACUUCACUUGCAAAUACCCACACUUUCCAUCACCAGGUGCGUGAUGAUAUUUUCUCUUCUUCAGAAGAGGAGGGCAAGGAUAGGGGACACCCCAUCUAUGGCCGAGACAGUGCCUACCAGAGCAUCGCACACUACCGUCCCAUUUCCAAUGUCUCCAGAAGCUCCCUGGGCUUAUCCUAUUAUCCAUCAUCCUCCACCUCUUCUGUGUCCUCCUCUUCAUCUUGUCCCUCUUCAUGGCUUACCCGACGUGCCAUCAGGCCAGAAAAGCAAGCUCCUGUUGCUGCUCUCGGCCAGGAUCACCAGGUCCCACUCUGGGGCCAGCUAUUGCUCUUCCUUGUCUUUGCUGCCUUUCUGCUCUUUGUUUACUACUCCAUACAAGCUGAAGAAGGCAACCCUUUCUGGAUGGAUCCCUGAGGAUAUUGGUUUCAGAGCAGCAAUUAAUGGGAGUUUUGGCUGAUUGCCUUACCAGUGUUUGCUGUGGGUAGGGUGGGUGAGGGCUUUUUAUGUGUUCUAGUUAAGGGGUUUAGGACCUAGCCUAGGGCAGUGCUUAUCUCCCACCAUCUCCUGCCAAGAAGGCAGCACAUGCUGGCCUUCCACAGUCCAGUGGACCCAUAUGUACCUUCCUCUGGAGCCUCCUAGCCCUAUUGCUUAUGACCCUUAGGGCUCCAGGUGAUAAUACCCCACUUCUUUAGAGGAAAACUUGGUGGAGGCUAUGGUAGUUGUCAUGCAUGCCUGUUGUCACCUUUUUAGGGUGUAUUAACCAAAAGCCACCCUGGCUUUGUUUUUGUGGACACAAUAAAACACACAUUUAUUUUUA